AUGACCUUCGACUACUUGCGUCCUACCUCUUUCGGUAUUUCGCCCGCCAGUUACCCUUAUGCCUCUGCUCUUUCUUCCUCCGCUUCCUCUUCUACCUCUUCCAUCUUCUCAGAUGACGCAUCACAAGCGUCCAGCACUAGCUCCACAUCAUGCCCCUCCAAAUGGGAGUCAGAAGAGCAGAGCCUGAGGGCAUGGCAAGCUCCUACGCUUCCCGUCAACCCUUCCAGCUUGGCCCCAUACCAGUCCAUCAACCGGGUUUGCACUUUCCCCCAGUACCAGUCCUCGGCAUGCCGCGAGACUGCUCAGGAGAGAUUGCCAUCCCUGCGGACCGAGUUUGUGGCGCCAGUGGAGCAGCGACAAAACCCUCGACGAUCGUCGACGACCGUCAAUUCACGACCACCACCUCAGCUGGUUCGACAAGGCGACCGCAAGGUCAACUUCGUCGACUGCCUCGUCGACUCUGCCACCCAAAUGGUUGAGGUCAUCUGGCAACUCUCCGAACCAAAGAGUGUAUGUGAGAAUGCUUCUGGCCGUGGAGUGCUUCCUCUCCGCACCUUCAUCCAGGAGACUCUUCGCCGGUCGCGCACUAGCUACUCCACUCUGCAGGUUGCCCUGUACUACCUGAUUCUCAUCAAGGCUCAUCUGCCAAAGCACGAUUUCACAAUGGCUCAACCUGAAGAUACAUCUCUUCGCGCUCUGCAGUGUGGUCGUCGCAUGUUCCUCGCCGCGCUCAUCCUUGCGUCGAAGUAUCUGCAGGACCGCAACUACUCGGCCCGAGCAUGGAGCAAGAUCUCCGGCUUGAAGGUUUGUGAGAUCAACACAAACGAGAUGGCUUUUCUGGAAGCUGUCAACUGGAAGCUCCACAUUGUCGACUCGGUUUGGGAGAAGUGGCAGGAUGUCAUGCUGCGACACACACCCAAGAACCCACCGUCGUCACCGGGAGCUUGCCUACCCAACACAUGGAAGGACGUUAUUCCUAGCUUGACACCCGAGCUGGAUAUUGUCCACCUGGCUCCUGUUGCGCCAGUCACUCCUGUUCGUCGCGAGGUCAGACCGCAGCUCAGCCAAUUCUCCUCCUCCCGAUCCUCAAUGUCGGAUCUGUAUGGCUCCAAGGAGACCACACCGACACCCUCUUGCUACCAGGUUCCCCGCUUCCUGGAGCCCAAGCCCGAUCUCCUCCCACCCACACCAUCUCUAGCCCGCCUGGGCCCAUUGCCAACGCCCGCGUUGACACCGCAGUCCUACGCCAGCAACACUCCUGCAGCGAGUGCGAUGGCUUUUGGAUCGCAACGUUCAUCGAUGACGGCAGCAAUGCAACAAGCACAGUGCUCGUCUUUGGCGCGCAGCUGUGUCGACCAGUACAACCCAAGCAUCAGAAACGGUCUGGAAGCCUAUCACUUCUCGGGCCGACGACCUUCCCUGGCCUCCUCCUCCUUCUCCUCAUCUCCCGAGUCAAUGAUCUCGGACAACUCACGAUCAUCACGCGCAUCGUCGAUUUCCUCCGUCUCGUCGACUGGCUGGGCGCCAAACCAAAGUCAGGUCAAAUUGGCCCGACUGGCGACAUGCCGGAACUUCGGACGGCGGUUACAAUCAUCGAGCGAAUCGGGUGAUUCGUCAAGCGAGCCAAUGUCCUCACCCGACAUGGAGAGCUUCCACAUUGAAGACGUAAACACAACGCCCAGCAAAGUCGACAGCCCCAUGUGCAGCACCUCAGUCGCGAGCCGCAAGCGCGGCAGGUCAUCCGUCGACCUCCAGCAAAACGUCCGCCACCUACUCCACAGCACGCGCUCCGCCUUUGACCUCCGCGGCCAACAGACCAUCCUCGCCGAUCGGUCGGUCGCCCAGCCUUGGGACGUGUCCUCGCACUGGCUGGUCCCCGACGACGACGCAAAGGGCCUGCAGUCCCCCAAGCACACGGUCCCCGAGUACUCUCGCGUGCCGGUGCAAAAGGACUUUGGCAAGAAGCGGACGUGCUGUGCUACGGAGGUUGCGAUGGCGCUGCGGAGGGAGGGCCCGGGCAUGUGGAAGGGCAUUCUUUGA